AUUUAUAAUACUGUAAGGCUUUCUUUUUUACUUACUGUUCGACGGUUUUGUAAAAUAUGCUCGAAGCAGAGGAAUCAGUAAGGUUGGACCAAGAGAUUGCAUAUAAAUUGCAACAUGAACAUCCAGAGCAGUUUGUUACACUUGUUCGAAUGCAUUUGUCAUUCGAAUUGGAUUUAAAUACAGAUACGGAGAACGAUCCAACCGGCGUUGAGAAACUAAAAACAAAGAAAUGGAAAGCUUUUCACAAGAAAGGAAAAUCCUGUACUGCAAAAUCCAUCUCGCCGGAAGCCGCAAAAUCUGUACUUACGAAGCAAAACAUUCGCGAUGUGAAACAACUUAUUAAUUUUCUUAUUCAAGAAAAAAAUAUAAUCCAAGAAGGAAUUUUUCGAAAAACGGGCUCUCUCAACAGACAAAAUGAACUGAAAAAUGGUCUAGUCCAAGGCGUAACCAUUUGCCUUGAAAAAGGUGAUUUUACAGCUCACGAUUGCGCUAGUGUGCUCAAAAGCUUUCUAGCCGAUUUGUCGGAACCACUUUUGACGGAGCAUUAUUACUCAGCUUAUUGUCAAAUGGCGCAGUUUUGUAAUUCUAAAGAAUCACUGGCGGUGCGGGAAGACCGUCUCCUGACUAUUCUACAGUUGCUAGUUCUACUGCUGCCAAAAGAAAAUAACGUUCUUCUAAAAAAUAUAAUCGAUAUGCUGCACAAAACCAUUCAACAUGAAGCGACCAACAAAAUGUCGGCAGAUAAUUUGGCCACCUUGUUCACGCCGCACUUGAUAUGUCCUCGGAAAUUAUCUCCAGAGGCACUGCAUACCACUGCUCAGCAGAUGUGCGGCAUAAUAAGCUUUAUGAUUCGAACAGGUCUCCGACUGUUUCACAUCCCGCCAAGAUUAGCCACAGAUAUUCGAGCAUUUUUCGUCGAACGGAAGCGGCGAAAAACGAUGUCGCCCGAUCAUAUAUUAAAUGAAUCAAUAACCUCUGAUUCAGUGGCCAAUACUGUGUACACCUUCGUAGACCGGGAAAAAACGGCCGAAGCACAUGUAAUGAAUUCAACCGAUACCGCGCUAGCACAGCUCUAUGCACACAUUCAAAGUCUUCCUGAAUCUUCACGCAAAAAGAAACUGAUUAAGCAGUUCAACCGCGAGAACGGUCACGGUACCCCGCUGCAGGUACUGAUGUUGAGGGAGAAAAAUUCCAGCGGUUCAGCCACGUCCAAAGGACCGAAAUCGAUAGGGGACUCGAUCAAGCGACACAUCUUCCACAAGGGAAUGGUUUCCAAGACACCGAAGCUAAAAAAUCAAACGCCAACGUACUUUCAGACUCCAAAUGGCACAGUGUCGCAAAUUCCCAAGCAACGUGUUUUGUUUCAAACUCCGGUUUCCUCAGCCUCCAGUUCGCCAAUUACGCUUGGCAAGCGUUGUUCCGCUGUAUCCUCAUCUUCGUCAUCUUCUGACGGAGGACUAACUAGUUCUGAAUCCGGGACGUCUUCCCCAAAUAAAGGCGAACCAAGAAGUAGCAACAGCAGCAUUGCCAGCACAUCCACCAGCUCUUGUCGUUACGAGUCAAAGCGAAACGUUGAGUUUUCUAUGGAAGGAGAAACGAAGACAAAGAAAAGUCGUAUAAACUCAGAUGAAACAGACGAGGAACCCUCACCUCCGGAGGAUGAUGAAGAUUUCGUGGAACAAGAAGGAGAUCAUAUUGGCGACACUGACGAGGAUGAGCUGCGGGAUGAAGGGACAACAUUGAGCGAUAUAGAAGAAGAUCGCUACUGCUCGCCGAAUCUAAGUGAUAGUCGAUCCAAAUUUAAAUCAGAACCAAACUUGAGCACUAUUGUGUAUGAGGAAACCCGAGAACGUCCAGCCACUGGUAAGGAAAGAAAACUGUCCUUUCUUAAGAACAAACUAAUAAAAGGUGUAUCGAUGGGUAGUUUGAGGUUACCUUUUGGCCAAGAGCAUAGGUCAGGUAAAAAAUCGACGAGCUCAACAUCUUUGUUAAAGUGCUGCUUUGAGGAUCACUUGAAAAAUGCGAAGAGAUCAAUAGAAGGCUCAUCUAGCUCAAUGGCCUCUAUAGCUUCAUCAGACUAUCGUCGGUCUAGAGAAAAGCAAAGCUCUCUGUCAUCGCUGCUCUGUAAAACUCCUUCUACUGGAAGCGAAGAGUACGAUGGGGCAAACAUAAUUAACGAGAACCAUGCCAACAUGGAUGCAAGUGGUUGGAACGUUGGCUGUCUAACGAACACUCCAGCACUUAGUGGACGAGAAUCAAUGUCUCCGAUAACGAAGUCUACACAACGGAUGCCGAAAUCGAUGCAGGAAUCAAUUAUGACUCCACGCUCUCGAAAACCCGUUAUGUUGCUGGCUGGCAUGAAUGUCGGAGAACAUCAACAAACGACCUACACCAAUCAUAGUAGUUUCUCUAGUUUGCGUGAAGAAGAUGAAGAAGAAAUAACCGAUGCGGUAAAUAACGUUUUGGUGGCAUCUCAAAAUGAACCAAAUUGCAUUCAAAUGACCGUCGGCUCUGAAGGGAAUACUGCUCUCAUUCAAUCAUCCAAUAGUUCGUCCAGCAUGACUGAAUCAGGGGCUUUGAAUUUAAAUGACGCAUCAACCUCGUUGACCAGUACAUUCCGCGACUAUCUACUAAGUCGUAGUGUUUUAACCGACAGCCCCGCUGAUCUUUCGUUCUCAAGCCAGCCAGACGAUUUCGACACAAGCACCGAAUUGGAUGAUUUGAGCGAAUCAAAAAUGAGUGAAAGCCUGCUCUUCUGUUUAAACGGAAAUGAACCUGCUAACGAUGAGACUCUUAUGAAUCAACACAAAAUUGAUUCGACUGUUGAUUGUUCUAACAGCAACAAUAGUACGUCUGUUAACGAAAUUGUGCUGUCGAGUAGAACAGCACUGGAUGAAACGUCCCUAUGA